AUGGAUGUAAAAGAAGCAAAAACAUGUUGUGUGGUGCUCGUACCAUCUCCCUUCCAAGGACACGUAACACCUAUGCUUCAACUGGCCUAUGUGCUUCGCGCCAAGGGUUUCUCCAUAGUUAUUAGUCACUCAGAGGUCAACCCUCCGGACAACUCCAAACAUCCUGAAUUCGUGUUCUUAAAAUUGAAGGAUGGCUUGUCAAACCACGAUGCUUCUUUAUUAAAUCUGUUUGACAUUAUACCAGAGAUGAAUGCAAAUUACAAAGUCCUAUUUCGAGAUUAUGUGAUGGAAAUAAUGGAAAAACCAGAGCUCUAUGGCCAAAUCUCUUGCAUUGUUUAUGAUCACCUCAUGUAUUUCACAACUGAAGUGGCUGAUCAACUUAAACAUCCAACUAUUCUUCUUCGGCCUAGUAGUUAUGGUCACUUGGAAGCUGCUUGCGCUUUUUUCCAACUCAAGAAGGAAAUUAUUUUCCCUUGCCAGUUACUUGAAAAAGUGGCUGGUUUAGGAUCUUUUGUGGCUAUCAUUUGGAACACUAUCGAAAGCCUCAAGAAAUAAGCAUUGUCGUAACUUCAACAACAUUAUCAAGUUCCUAUUUUCACAAUAGGGCCUUUACACAAAAUUUCUUCCUCCUCGCUAACGAGUAUAGCAGAGGAGGAUGCCAGUUGCAUUUCAUGGAUUGAUACUCAAGCCCCUAAUUCUGUUCUUUAUGUAAGCCUCAGGAGUUUAGUAGUUAUGGAUAAAAAUGAGUUUAUUGAGACUGCUUGGGGAUUGUUCAAUAGCAACCAACCAUUUCUAUGGGUAGUUAGGAAGUCGAUUGAAUAUCAUGACUUAACCGAUGAAUACUUGGAAGCAGUUGGAGAUCGAGGACGAAUUGUGAAAUGGGCACCACAAAAAGAAGUUUUGGCACAUCCUGCAGUUGGAGGAUUUUGGAGUCAUUGUGGUUGUAAUUCCACAUUAGAAAGUAUUUUCGAAGGGAUUCCUAUGAUUUGUAGGCCAGGUUUUGGUGAUCAGAAUAUGAGCACGAGAUACUUUACACAUGUAUGGAAAGUAGGCAUUGAACUAGAACCUGAGGAUUUCACUAGACUUGUCAUAGAGAGUACAAUAAGAAAACUUAUGGUGGAAGAAGAAGGCAAGGAAUUGAGACAAAGAGUACUUGAUAUGAAACAGGAGCUUGAGAUAUCUUUUCGAGAAGGUGGCUCAUGGCAUAACUCCUUAAAGAGUCUAAUGCAAUUCAUCUCUUCAUUAUGA